UUUUAACUACAGUUUUGUUAUUCUCGCUUGAUGGAAUAGAGUGGUUUGGUAGUGGCCAGAUUCAGCGGUGAAUCUUGGCAUGCAGAUAGUUAAAUGAUACCUGCUUUUCUUUCUUAGUUCUUUUUUGAAAAAUAUCGUGGGAACGAGCUGGAAUAAUUUCUGGACGUGUGAAUAUUAAUAAUAGUGAGAUUUGUACGAGCUUCUACCAUAAUCAUUUUCUGGAGAAUUCUAAUUAAAACUUGACGAUUAGUCUAAAGAAGCAUUGAACAAUUUAAUGGGACUUGUCCAAGAAUUUACAAUAAUGUUGAUAAUCGUAUUACUGUGGCUCCUUGUGGGGUUCUAUCGUCCCGUCGCUCCGGCCGUGAUGCCUCAGGCUUCUGUGUUGAAUACAACAAUUAUUGAGCCGAAAUCAGUGAAAGAAAUUGAAAAAGAAGCAGAAAAACUAAUCUCUUCAAUUACAAAAAUGCUGUUGCCAUAUGUGGUGAGAAAUUCCGACGUAAACAUAUCCGGGUCGUGUAUGUCCACUAUCAUCAAACUUUCUGUUGAUUUGAGGAGGCUGAAACUUCCCGCAAUCAAAUUGUUGGAUUCAAUGGCCAAACCCCCGUUUGGCUUGCUUCGGGGAUCUUUCGGUGUGAUGGGCGAUUACGACGAGUGUCUGGCGAUUUCAUCCAAUAAAAAAGGAGAUAUCCCCAAAACGAAGGAAGAGGAAUUUUACCAUGGGCAAUACUGCACUGUAGUUGCUGAAUUUCCACCGAAAAUCCUAAAAGCCAUGCAGGAUUACGGCAAUGGUUACGUUAACUACACAGAAUUCGGAAAAAUUGGGAAUAUCAUCAAGGAGGUUCCAGCAGUAAACUUCGCAGGCAAUUACUUUAAGUUUCACAUUGGAGUGUGCCUUCCUUCGACAUGUACACCCCAAGACUUAAAUGCUAUUUUAGGACUUGUUCCGAUUGAUUUUGUUCCCCUAAGUGUCCUCCGCUGCGAAGAUGGCAGUGAAAAAACUGUUAAUAUCCAUCAGAUGGUCUUUCUGGGUGUUUUAGCUUUACUUGCUGCCCUUGUAUUGUGUGGCACCAUUGCAGAUGGGUGGCAGCAUUUAAGAGGCACAGAAUAUGAAAAAGGAAAAGAUAAAUUCGUCGAAUUUCUCAUUGCAUUCUCCUUGUACAAUAACACGAGGAAGUUUUUGAAAACGGAGAAAAACAGCAGUUCUGAAAUUACCGUCAUCAACGGAAUGUUCGUUCUGGGAACGAUUUUAGUUGUCAUAUAUCACACGUACUUCUUGCCAUUCUUUUCACUGUUCUCGAGCAAUGGAGCUAAUCUCGGUACCUACUUUCAAGAUAUUGAAUUUACAUUAAUCGUGACGAUGGGAAUCAGUAUUGAAGCUUUUUUCUUAUUCUCUGGCUUGCUGUUGGUUUAUCCUCGAUUUCGAAGAGGUCACAAAGGCGUACAGAUAAAUUUACUGAAAUUACUUAUAAGAAGAUAUAUAAGGCUUUGCCCGUCCCUUUUAUUCAUUUUAGGCAUUAUAGUAACUCUACCACUUGUGGGAUCAGGGCCAGUAUGGACAGACAUUUUCGAAAAAGCAGCAGAUAACACAAGAAAGUGGUGGUGGACUUACCUGCUAAUGUUUAAUAAUUUCUUGGCUGUGAAAGAUCAGAACUUUCUAUACUUGUGGUUUAUUCCUUGCUUGAUGCAAAUCUCCAUCAUUGGUGCCAUUCUAGUUUGGUUAUUGGCUAAGUCUCCAAGGUUUGGAAUGUGUAUCAUUAUUGCCACAGGCGUUGCUUGCAACAUAGCAUUGGGCGUUUUGACAGCAAUAAGAAAUUAUCCACCAACUUACGCCAUAUAUUACUAUCAUAACCGAGAGUACUUUGAAGAAACAAUUUAUACAUCACCAUUAAGCCACGUCUUCUCUUAUGGUAUCGGUAUGCUUCUGGGAUAUUUCAUGGCCAGAAAUCCAAGUCUAAAAUUUUCAAGAGUACAAGUAGCAUUUGGUUGGAUUGCUGCAUUGUUUCUUAUGGUGGGAGUGCAAUUGAUUGCAUUUGCGGGAAGGGAUGGUAGAGAUCCAAAUCCAGUUUUAGCCGCAGUGUAUGCUGCAACACACAGGACAGGCUUCUCCUUGGGACUGUGCUGGACUAUCUUAGCUUGCUCGUAUGGAUAUGGAGGUAUACUGGGCAAAAUUUUCAUGUGGAGAGGUUUCGGUCCACUGAGCAAACUUGGCUACUUUGGUUACCUCAUGCAUUACAUCGUCAUUACUUUCCAUGUCAGUGUGGCGAGGUCACCUAUCGUAUUUUCUCAUUAUGAAAAUUGGAUGAGAAUCUGUGGAUAUACAAUGCUAACAUUUCUCUCUGCUUAUAUACUGUACAUCACCUUCGAACUGCCAUUAACGUACCUGGAAUCCCUGUUUCUCCCAUCAAGACCAUCCAACGAAGAUCUUCAAAAUAAUAUCAAACAGAAUGGAAAAAUAGAAGGCAUUCCUCAAAUAAGUGAUAUAAUCCCGCCAAAUACAAUAGCUAGUUGGAAUAUGAAAAAUACUUCUUACCUUGGAACACCUGAAGAUCAUUCUAAGCUAUAAUACCAUAAUUGCAAUUGCAAUCCGUUGUGUCACAUCAUAUUUUUUCUCUGUGGUGCCAAAUUCCAGUAAAGACCGAAACACUGGAUAUUUUAAUAAAAAAAAUAUUGAUUUGAAAGAAAAUUUUGUAACAAAAUACUGAUUAAAAAACUCAUUACUGCAUCUAUCCAUCAUUCAUGUAUUAUUCUUUGUUAUAAUAAAUAAAAUAUUGUUAAACUAAAA